UAUCGAAUGCUUAUACCUAACUGGUCGGGUUAUGAAUUGACCAUACCCGGACCUAAUUCAUGGCGCCACGCUGUCACCGCACCAACUAGAGGACGCCCUGUGUACGACAAGAGGCAAGAGGGGAACAGCCAAGCACAAGUUUACCUGUACACUAAUUAUCACCAGCCAGGCCUCAUAAAUUCAUCAUCACCCACUUCAGCUGGUUCCCUCAAUUCCCGCCGAGGGAGCAUUCAUUCAGUAAAAAGAAAGGGAAAAAGAAGGAUUUAAGAAGAAAAAAAAAUGGCAGCAAAUCUAAACGAGACGGCAGCAGCCUUCAAAAAGCUGCACGAACCCAGAUCGCCCAUCAUCCUCGCCAACAUCUGGGACCCGCCAUCCCUCCACUCCCUCCUCACCCUCAACACAUCCCAAUCCCAACCCGUCAAAGCCGUAGCCACCGCCUCCUGGGCCAUCGCCGAAUCCCUCGGCCUCCGCGACGAAGACCUCACCGCCGAGCAAAACCUCGCCGCCGUGUCCCGCAUCGCGCCCCACGCCCGCGCCGCGGGGCUGCCCCUCACCGUCGACCUGCAAGACGGCUACGGCUACGGCGACGCCAUCGCCUCCGUCGUCGCCCGCGCCGUCCGCCUCGGCGCCGCGGGGGCCAACAUCGAAGACAGCAUCCCCUCGCGCGGCUUCUCCCGCGGGAUAGCGGGUUCGCUGUACGGCGUCGAGGAGCAAGUAGAGCGGCUCCGGACCGCGCUGCGGGCGGCGGGGGAGGCGGGGUGCGCUGAGUUCGUGGUUAAUGCGCGGUGCGACGUGUUUCGGCUCGAGGCGCCCGUGCCGGGGCCCGAUGACGAGACCACGCUCCGGGAGGCGGUAAGGAGGGGCAAGGCGUAUCUGGAGGCCGGGGCUACGACGGUGUUCUUCUGGGGAGGGGCCGGGCGGGGGCUGCGGACGAGCGAGGUGGAGAGGUUGGUGCGGGAGCUGGACGGGAGGGUGGCGGUUAAGCUUGGCGGAGGGUCGGGGGCGUUGACGACUGAGGAGUUGGGGGAGCUAGGUGUAGCGAGAAUUAGUGUCGGGCCUAGCUUGUUCUUGGUUGCUAUGAAAGCUGUAAGGGACGCUGCCGGCGCUAUAUUGACAGGUGGGGGGCUGCCCUAAAGUGAAGGCAGAGAACGAGACCGUGUGGGGUCGUGAAGAGAAUUAAUGGCGGGGGUGCUGUGGUCAUAUACGAGAUGGUACGAAGUUCUUGGUUGCAUAUGUCCAUGUCUACCUUACCUUACCUUAUGACCUUCAUGUUAAUCAAAUAAGGUACCAAGUCGGUUAUUAUCCCGAUAAGUGGCGUCGUGGCGGAGAAAUAGUACUUCGUACCUACGCCAUAGCUUGGAUUAAGGUACCUUUAGGUAGAGGGACAUUCACGAGAUUUACGAGCGACAAUUGCGUCAU